UUUUAUUUAAUUCCAUUUUGUAAAGAAAUGUGGUGAAAAGUGUCUUAAAAUGCGUCGUAGGCGUAAAUAAUAGAAUGAUAAGAGAUAUUAUCAGUGUUGACCAAGUUUGUUCUGGUUUUGUUUAAAGUCGUUGGAGACUGAAAACAGGAGGCUCGCGGCUCGUGGGGGAUGCUGGCCAGACGCUUCGCCGUGUGAGAAGCGCGCACACGCCGCCGACUCCGCACGAGCACCAUGCACGUCGACCCUGAGUCACCCGCCUGCCGCGAGGAGGCCCAGCUCCUCCCUGACGAUUGGUCCAAAGCCAAAAUUGUCGCCGCCAACGGCAACCUCUCCCCCGGCGUGUACUACCCCACAGUCACGAGCAAGAGGUUCGUCGUGCCCCAACAUCCUGUACCGUCUGUCGUCGACUCUAAAGUGAGUCGUUCACACCGGCAUGGUGUCACAAGAAGAACCAGGAGACGAGCUAUACUUAAAAAUGGAGAUUGUAAUAUACUUAAAUCGAAAAUAUCUCAACGUCGUCUACGAUUCCUUCAAGACAUGUUUACAACUCUCGUCGACGCUCAGUGGCGAUGGACCUUAUUAGUGUUCACACUUUCCUUCAUCUUGUCCUGGUUGGGUUUCGCUCUUAUCUGGUGGUUGAUAGCAUUUACACACGGUGAUUUAGAAGAAAACCAUCUUCCACCCAUGCAAGACAGUUCAGGGUGGAAUCCUUGCGUAUUGAAUAUACACGAUUUUACAUCUUGUUUCUUGUUCAGUAUCGAAACACAACAUACGAUCGGUUAUGGUGCACGUACAACCACGGAAGAAUGUCCGGAAGCAAUCUUUAUAAUGUGCCUUCAGAGUAUUGUGGGUGUAAUGAUUCAAGCUUUCAUGGUAGGCAUAGUAUUCGCCAAGAUGACCCGACCAAAGCACAGAACACAAACUCUGCUUUUCUCAAAAUACGCUGUAGUGUGUCAAAGAGAUAGUGAACUAUGUUUGAUGUUCCGAGUCGGUGAUUUGAGGAAGUCACAUAUAAUCGGGGCUUGCGUGCGAGCUCAGCUAAUUAGAUCUAGGACAACUAAGGAAGGAGAGUUACUAUCGCAUUACCAAACUGAAUUACAAUUGAAUGCCGACGGAUGUGACAGCAAUCUCUUCUUUAUCUGGCCUAUCACGAUGGUACAUAGAAUAAAUGCUGAGAGUCCUUUUUACGGUAUAUCUGCAGCUGACGUACUGCAGGAAAGAUUUGAAAUCGUGGUUGUGUUGGAAGGAACCAUAGAAUCAACAGGGCAAACAACACAGGCGCGUUCGAGUUAUACAAAUAGUGAAAUAAUGUGGGGACAUAGGUUUGUGCCGUUAGUAACAUACAACCGUGAACGUCAAGGGUAUGAAGUGGACUACUCCAAGUUCGAAGAGACAACGCAGGUGGACACUCCAUUAUGUUCGGCCAAGGAACUAGACGAAUUCUAUGGCACCAACCCUGACCAUAGAUCUAUCGAGAGCGGUGAGCAUACGCAGACGAAGCUGCAGGAGCGUCCACCCACCACGCAACCCAAGGCCGAACACAGGGAUGGAGAUUACACUGUCACUCUAUAGAUUAUUCUUGAAACUAAACUGUCUAUGACCACGAAAAAAACUCUGCCAUAAUGAAUAGUUCCAGUAAUGAUAAGACAGAAUGACGAUACGUUAUGAUUUUUCAGUGUAAUUAUUCGAGAAAUGCGUUUGUUUUAAACAGGAGUACCUACGUCAAACUUGGCAUUCAAGAUUUAAAUUAAGAGCGGUCUAAAUUCCAAGGUGUCAUGCUUAAUGUGCUUUGGACUAUACAAUCGAUGGAAUAUUUAAAACCUGAAAACAGUAACAUCGUAAAUUAACUUAUUGCCAACGAAUAGUAACACCGAUAAAAAGUCGAAAGACAACUGACAUAAGGCCAGGUCGAAUUGGGUUUUUUUUGUAACGGAAUGGAAUAGAUAAUGUCAUCGACGACGGUUCUUUAGAAAAAAUAAUUUAUAAAAUGUAAAAAAUACAUGGGUAGCUUUGCACCUCUUAAACGGGGAUCACAAUAAAAUGGCGCUAAAUAUAGAACGCAUAUUAUGUAGUCUAUAGCUACGAUGAUUUCGUUUCUUAGUUAUUUUAAUUAUUUAAGCAAAAGAUGAAACAAAUAAAUCAUCUUUUGCAAAAUGAGCGACAUAUUAGCGCAUUUCGUUUAUUUAUUUAUUUAUUUUAAAAGAACCCACUUUACCAAUCUACUAGUCAAUCAACAAAAUACUGUAGAUCUGAUUUAAGAAUCUCAAGUACAAUACGUAAUAUUAUAAAUUAGUCAUUCUGAAAGGUUCUACACUGUACAGUACUUUUUUAACCAAUUACUUCAGACGAGGUCUGAAAUUGGCAAACUAAAGUACAACUAAUUAUUCGCGUACGUCACACGAAUAGCAAACAACACCGCUCAAGUAAGGAGAGUAGAAAACUGCAUAUAUUAUUCAAUUCAAAUAUUUUAUUUCAGAUUAUUCAUCCAUAUUGGUUAAUAAAACAAAGAAAAACUUACACACUUGUGGUAGUUAAUGUGGGCCUUCAAAUUAGACGCUUAUAUAAGCGGUGCAGUGUCAUCGCUGUGGUGCUCCACUACUAAUUUUUGGAGUUACAAUUAGUGAACUAAAAAUUACGCGGCUGCCGCGCCUUACCACUGCAACGCUUCCAAAGGCGUUUUGAAGGCGCCUUUAGAAGAAUGCUACCUUUUAUUUCAUAUUAUCAAUGACACAAUAUUACAAUUUAAAAUACAAUGUCAAGGGAUCCUAUGAUCGUCACUAAUAUAAACAACAAUAAUUUAUAUAAAAUAAAAUAGUACCUGUAAAAAAUAUGCAAGAAAUAUUGUCUAUAUACAUCGACGUCAAAUAAAAAUAAAAUAAAAAUUUCUUGAAAUUACUGUACAUAUGUACUAAACUUCAAACUUCAAACUUCAUGUGUACCUAACACAUGAAGUUUGGUCCAGUGUUCAAGGGAAAAGUCCUGGACCCUGCCAGCAAUGAUACUCAUGUUGCCGUUUUCGGAAAGGACGCACAUGAAGGAUUGUAUAUACAUACAUGAUUUUUUAAGCGUUGUUGGUGAUCUAUUAAUGCUGUAAGUGAGAGAAGUAAAGGAUCUUAAGUGCAUAUAAUGGAAUUCAGAUGUUUUUACAAACAAUGUUUUCGGAUGCUAAAAAUCAUUUAAUGUCUUUUACCGUUGUGUGUAAAAGACAUUAAAUCCUAUCGUCGUUUGUGUUUCUAUUUAACGUACUAUAUUUCACCUUAUGAUGAUUUUAAAUGCCUAAUUGAGAGCUUAUAUAUAUAUAUAAUUAUCUUUAAAACGCUCUGUACCAAAAAUUACUAUUUGGCACUUAUGGUUCUUUACAUCUCAACUACAGAAUGGACAAUAAAUGAGUGUUGGUUAUAUUAUUUUUAUUAAAUAGUUCUAAAGCAAAAACCGCCCUUUUUCAACUUGAGCAGUGUUGUUUAUGUUUGGGAUUUCAAAAUAGAAUUGUGGCGUUCAAAAUGUAUAAAAUAAGUAGUAUAGUUUCCCGAACUGGUAAACGUAGUGAAUAAGAAUAUGAGUCACAAAAUUCUCAACAUUGAACCUUAAAUAUAUUUGUUGUAACCGCCAUAAAUCGGACGAUUUAGUCGUAAGAACUAUGGAAAUAAUUGAUAUAAGUAAAUAUUUGAAUGAAUAAU